CGACGUUCAGACUCUUUGGAAAACAAAACUCACUAUUUCCCUCGGGAGCAUACAUUAAGUUGAUAUUAUUAUUACAUCAGGAUUUUCACAUGGAACAGAAAUAGCACAAUUUAUGUCAAACUUAAUGAGUGUGACUGCAUGUGAGUGAGCAUGCAGUUGUAAGUACACAUUACAAUUAUAACUUUAUUUACAGAAACUGGCGAUAAAGUUCUUCUAGUGUAAAUCAUGUCAGCGGUCAGCUUCAAGUUAGAGGGCCGCACCACGGCUAAAUCAAGGGAUAGCUACACCCUGACCCCUGACAGCAUCGUCACGAGACCGAGAACUUUCUCCCAGUUCACACAGGGACGACGUCAGCGUAAGGUAUCGCAGAUAAAUAGGAAAGUGAGUCAAAGCGCAAUGGCAAGAAAACGAAGAGAAUCCCGAUAUACAAUGCGCUCAUCUUCAAGUAACGUAUCACAUGAUCCGUAUUUGGAUGCGGUCAAGGAGCUGGUAACGAAUGCAGAACCACAAGGGUAUUUUGAUAAGAAUAUUCCCAAAAUUGAGCUGUUUCGUCGUGCCAGUAGACUGAUUCAACUUUUCGCAUCACUUUGUCUCUAUAGUCAUCAAAACGAGAAAGCCAAGGCAGAAAUGACGAAACACACGGUUUUCACAGAAUAUCUGAAAGGAGAAGACCAAGAGAAGGAGACGCUUAACAGUGAUCUCUAUUUUGACCUUUCUUAUUUCAAAGCAAAUCGCAAGAUGUACGUCUCUGCUGAAACGAAACACGUAUUGUCUUCGCCAUCAAAUGCUCGGACUGAGCAACAGAUAGCUAAGGUUAAAUACUGGCUUAGUUAUAUCCAGUCGUUUUCAGAAUAUCCACGGCGUAUGCAACAGAAGUUAAUCCAAGUUGGUUGGUACGAAUGCCACGCAGCCAAAAGAGUGUUGAUAAGACAAGGUCAUCGACCGCAGGCCUUCUACUUUCUUCUCUCGGGCUCAGCUGUGGUGACCGUGAUGGACAAAAAGACCCAAAUUAGUAGAACAGUGCAUUUCUUGAAACGUGGAGAUAGCUUUGGGGAACUGGCCAUUCUUCACGAUACUGUACGACAGUCAACAAUCAUCACACGAGAGUUCAGCGAACUUCUGGUCAUUUCAAAAGAGGAUUUCAUUGAAAUAUUCAUGGCAUCGCGAGGAGUGAAAACGAUCACAGAUCCAGACCAUGUUGAAUUCAUCAGGAAUAUCAACUUCUUGAAAGAAUGGCCAAUUGAACUUCUCUCGGUGAAUCCUAAGCGAUGUCUGUUUCAUUUCUUCAGGCGAGGUGCAGUUCUCGUCAAAGACAGCAACCGUUCUGACUGGAUUUACGUCGUCAAAUCAGGAAGCUGCCGGGUUUUGAAGAAGUUGAAGAAAGUUCAAUCACGGUUGACUGAACACCAAGAAAGGGUGGUCGGAUUUGAACGAGUCUCUAGCCGAAUAGCGGAAUCCUCGGAUCAAUUUACCAAGUUACGGCUCACAAUCUCAGCUUUGAGUGCUUUCAAACCGAAAACGGGCACCUCAACACCCAACCCUAGCAACCACCCUGGUAAUAACCAUGGCAACAGCGCUCUCGAUGGUCACAUGACGCAAGAUGACGUCAUUAAGGAGGUGGCCAAAGCGCAAGUGGUUUCUCCUGGUGGAGGAAAAAUACCGGAUAGAUGGAAAAAGGAAAGUAAAGAAAGCCUCAAUGAAAGCAUGCUCGGAAGACGGCAAUCUGCUCCGGCCACAAGUAAACUGACAAAGGAAUCAAUUGGUCUACCUUCAGUCGGCAAUGGUAAGAAAACUCUUCAAUCCAGCAGUUCCUGGUCCAAACUUCGGUCAGCUUUAGGAAGUAAAAACAAUGCUCCUGCAAAAAGACGAAUUUCAAAAGCCAGCAAAGACACCUUAAGCCAAGACCCAGAAGAUACGCUUCCUUCCAAUAAACUUUCAUUUCUUGAUGAAGAAGACGUGAAGAAAGAUGAGAAGCCGAUGACUGCGGAUGAUCAAUACAAACCUGUGUUUGUCGAGGUCGCGAGUUUGACAAAGGGCGAUACAUUCGGAGUCAAUUUUAUGUUUUUUGACAAGCAGCCGAGUCUCAGCUUGGUAAGCAAUGGAGUCGAGUGCAUUGUCAUCUCAAAGAAGUUCUUUCUCAGUCACUGUACCGAGGCAAUGAAACGAAGAUUGUUACUCCAGGAACAGCCUUAUCCAGACGAUGAAACUCUUCAAAGGGGACUUCAAGAUAAGAUUAACUGGGAAAGCUUUAAAACUAAAACACUGAAUAGUACAAUGCAUAAUCUGACUCAGUCGAUACGCCGCCUGAGCUUAGACACUUGAAUCCUUAACAAGCAUCAUGCAUUGCAUGCAAAAUUGCAAACUUUGCAACCAAGUCACUGGUCUGUGGCAAAACUGUACAAUCCUUACUUAAGCAGAUGCCAUAUUCAAUAUGUGAAUCACACUUCUUUAUGG